AUUGGAAUACCUGUUUGAACAUGGAGCGGUCGAUACCGCAUGAUGAGGCUCUGCCCGGGGGCUCGCCACAAACGCCAGCAGAAUCGCUCAGACAACAGAACUCAAGAAGUUAUUCAGAUACUAACAACGUACCGACAUCAGCAAGGAUAGAUGAACACCCGCAAAUCUCACACCCACAUGGUAACACAUACCUCUCCUGGCACCCUGGAACUACUCCAAACGAUGAGGUCGCCAUUCCAUUGCACGAAUCAGAUUACUCCUCUAAAUCUUCCGGCGAGACGGCGAUACCAUCAGACUCAGAAGCAUCUCCCAAUCAUGCUGCCAUGCUCAACCAUCCUACUGAAGAGGUCGAAGCACCGGAGACUGUCACACGACAGCCAGUCGACCAAGAUCCAUCCUUCGCUCCUGUUAAGACGACAACAAGUUCACGGCCUAAGCUAUCAGAACGAAUGACAGAAGACGACUUCUUCCGUACUUUGUCCCGCAGGAAGACAAGCCAGGCCAGUAUAAGCAGAAUACAGACACAAGAAGAUCAUGACGAAGAGAGAGAAGAGAUCGACCGACUGAUGUCGCGUAUGUUUGGCAAGACUAGACAAGAACACUCCGAGGAAGAAAAGACUAGGCACGUAGGUCUGGUCUUCAAGAACCUCACAGUACGAGGCGUUGGCCUUGGUGCUGCACUACAACCUACUGUUGGAGAUAUCUUCCUCGGUCUGCCCAGGAAGAUCAAGAAUCUCAUUUCCAGAGGUCCCAAGAAAGCUGCUGGCAAACCACAGGAAAGAACAAUCUUGUCAGAUUUCAGUGGUGUCAUCAAGCCUGCUGAGAUGCUACUUGUCCUUGGUCGACCUGGCUCUGGUUGCACGACUUUGCUCAAGACACUUGCCAACCAGCGAGCAGGAUAUACCUCCAUUGAUGGUGAGGUAACCUAUGGAGGCACCUCGGCUGAAGACAUAGGCAAGAAGUACAAGGGCGAGGUUCUCUUCAUUCCUGAUGAUGAUUUGCAUUACGCAACGAUUACCGUCAAAAAUACUCUAUCUUUUGCUCUCAAGACCAAGACGCCAGGAAAGGAUUCUCGUCUGGAAGGAGAGUCUCGUGGCGCCUACGUCAAAGAGUUCUUGCGCAUCGUUACCAAACUUUUCUGGAUUGAACACACACUUGGUACCAAGAAGAGAGUCACUAUCGCAGAGGCCAUGGUUACUAGAGGCAGCUUAGCGAGCGCUCAAAUGUGGGACAAUAGCACGAAAGGCCUUGAUGCAAGCACAGCCUUGGAGUACGUCCAGAGUUUGAGAUCCUUGACUAACAUGGCUCGUAUCUCUACUGCUGUUGCUCUAUAUCAAGCAGGCGAAUCCCUCUACGAUUGUUUCGACAAGGUAGUCUUGCUCCACGAAGGAAAAUGCUGCUAUUUUGGCCAUACCGAGGAUGCCGUAAAAUACUUCAAGGACUUGGGCUUUGUGCAACCAGAUCGUUGGACAUCUGCCGACUUCAUCACCUCUGUCACAGACGAGCACGAAAGACAUGUCAAAGAAGGAUGGGAAGACAAAGUUCCUCGAUCUGGCGAAGACUUUGAUCGUCUCUUCCAAGAGAGCGAACAAAAGAAACGUAACUUGAAAGAGAUCGAGGCGUUCGAGGCUGAGACUCAGCAACUCAUCGAAGCAAGACAUGAUGCUCAAACCAAAGCUACCAAGAAGAAGAAUUUUGAGGUCUCUUUCCCAAAACAGGUCAUGGCUUGUACUCAACGUCAGUUCUUGGUCAUGGUUGGCGACAAGCAAGCGACUAUGGGUAAAUGGGGAGGUAUUGGCUUCCAAGCACUGAUCGUAGGUUCGCUCUUUUACGAUCAGCCGAAGACUGCGACAGGAGCCUUCCCUCGAGGAGGUGUCAUGUUCUUCUCUCUGUUGUUUAACGCCCUCCUUGCCUUGGCUGAGUUAACUGCUGUUUUCCAGUCUCGUCCUAUCCUCUUGAAGCACAAGAGUUACCAGUUCUAUCGUCCCGCCGCCUUCGCCAUUGCACAAACUGUUGUCGACAUUCCCUUGGUCUUUGUACAAGUCUUCAUCUUCGAUAUAGUCGUCUAUUUCAUGUCUGGACUGCAAAGGACGGCUUCACAGUUCUUCAUAUCGCUAAUGUUCUUGUGGAUCGUAACCAUGACCAUGUAUGCUCUUUUCAGAGCUGUGGGAUCUAUGGUUGCCUCUCUCGAUGUCGCCACUAGAAUCACAGGACCGGUCAUCCAAAUCUUGGUUGUAUACACGGGAUAUCUCAUUCCACCAAGAAAGAUGCAUCCUUGGUUUGCGUGGCUACGCUGGAUCAACCCGGUUCAAUAUGGUUUCGAAGGUUUGAUGUCUAACGAGUUCUACAAUCUUGAACUACAGUGCAACCCUCCUUACUUGGUUCCCCCGAAUGCACCUUCUGAGCAAUAUCAGUCGUGUGCGCUCCAAGGCAGCACACCUGGUUCGACGACUGUUAACGGUGCCAGUUACAUCAAGACUGCGUUCACAUACUCACGCAGUCAUUUGUGGCGUAACUUCGGUUUCAUUUGUGCAUUCUUCCUAUUCUUUGUGGCGCUCACUGCCCUCGGCAUGGAGCUGCAGAAGCCGAACAAAGGUAGUGGUGAAGUGACGGUCUACAAACGUGGCCAGGUUCCUAAGUCAGUGGAGAAAGAAGUCGAGACAGGAGGCAGAACCAACGACGAAGAAGCUGGAGUGCCUGAUAAAGGUCAGGUCGACGCCACUCCGAACAACGAAGAGGCUCGUAAAGGAUCCGAGUCCGAUGAGACCGUCGCAGCCAUCGGCGGAAACGAGACUAUCUUCACAUGGCAGAACGUCAACUACACUAUCCCAUACGAGGGCGGAGAGCGCAAGCUCCUACAAGACGUAUCGGGUUAUGUCCGCCCAGGAAAGCUGACAGCUCUCAUGGGUGCCUCAGGAGCAGGAAAGACUACUCUGCUAAACACUCUUGCUCAGCGUAUCAACUUUGGGGUUGUUUCGGGAGAUUUCCUCGUUGACGGCAAACCUCUCCCCAAGAGUUUCCAGCGAGCUACUGGUUUUGCUGAACAGCAAGAUAUCCACGAGCCCACUGCCACGGUCAGAGAGGCCCUCAGAUUUUCUGCCAAACUUCGCCAGCCAAAAGAAGUCUCACUCGAGGAAAAGUAUGACUACUGCGAGAAGGUCAUUGACCUGCUUGAAAUGCGAGAUAUUGCUGGUGCUACCAUCGGAAAAGUUGGUGAGGGUUUGAAUCCAGAACAGCGUAAACGACUGACUAUUGCCGUCGAACUCGCUUCGAAGCCUGAAUUAUUGCUAUAUCUCGACGAGCCUACGUCUGGGCUUGAUUCAGGAGCUGCUUUCAAUAUCGUUCGCUUCCUCAGAAAACUUGCGGAUGCCGGACAAGCGAUCUUGUGUACGAUCCAUCAGCCUUCAAGCGUUCUGUUUGAGGAAUUUGAUGAACUGUUACUCCUCAAGAGUGGCGGUCGCACAGUCUACCAUGGCGAACUUGGCGACGGCUCAGAAAAGCUGAUCGCCUAUCUGGAGAAGAAUGGAGAGCAGAAGUGUCCCCAUGAUGCCAACCCAGCCGAAUGGAUGCUUGAAGCCAUCGGCGCAGGAAACCCUGACUACAAUGGACCUGACUUUGGCGACCUUUGGGACAAGUCAGAGAAGAAGAAGCAGCAACAAGAGGAAAUCCAACGCAUGAUCCAAGAACGCCGCAACGCUUCUAAUGGAGCCAAAACUGACGAUGAUCGCGAGUAUGCCAUGCCACUAGGCACUCAAAUCACCACUGUGGUUCACAGAUCCUUCGUCGCAUACUGGAGAUCUCCUCAGUACGUCGUCGGCAAGUUUAUGCUGCACAUCUUCACGGCACUCUUCAACGGCUUCACCUUCUGGAAUCUUGGAAACUCGCAAAUCGAUAUGCAAAGCAGACUAUUCUCUAUCUUCAUGACUUUGACCAUCUCACCACCAUUGAUUCAGCAGUUGCAACCUCGUUUCCUCAACUUCCGUAACAUUUACCAGAGCAGAGAGGCCAGUUCGAAGAUCUACAGCUGGGUUGCUUUCGUGAUUGGGGGUAUCGUGGUUGAGAUACCGUACUCGCUUGUUGCUGGCACUAUUUACUGGUGUGCUUGGUACUUCCCACCUGGCUUCCCUCGUGAUACGUACACAGCAGCAUCGGUCUGGUUGUUCAUCAUGUCGUUCGAGCUGUUCUACAUUGGAUUUGGUCAAGCAAUUGCAUCCUUCGCUGCGAAUGAGCUUCUCGCUUCAUUGCUCGUACCAAUGUUCUUCCUGUUCGUCGUAUCAUUCUGCGGUGUCGUGGUACCCUACCAAGCUCUCCCAUACUUCUGGCGCAGCUGGAUGUACUGGCUCUCCCCCUUCCGCUACCUCCUCGAAGGCCUGCUCGCCCUCGUCACCCACGGUCUCCCCAUCACCUGCGACCCCCAAGAACUCGCCAGCUUCCCAGCACCACCAGGCCAAACCUGCGCCACCUACGCCGGACCCUACGCCCAACAAUCCGGCGGUUAUGUCAUCACGCAACCCAACGGCUUGUGCGGCUUCUGUCUCUACAGAGACGGCGAUGCGUUUACGGCGUCGUUUAAUGUGUACUGGAGGUUUGUGUGGAGAGACUAUGGCAUCUUUUGGGCGUACAUACUUUUCAACUUUGGGGUUGUGUUUGUGUGUUCGUGGUUGUAUUUGCAGGGGGUGGGGAAGAUCAAGAGGUUUUUUAGUCCGGCGGCGAGGAAGCAGAAGAAGGCUGCUAAGCAGAGAGAGCAGGAAAGUCAGGAUGAGAACAAAGGU